AUGCAGUUCUCCGGUCUCACCUUCAUCGUCGCCGCCCUGGCCGGCCUCGCCGCCGCCGCUCCGGCUCCCACCGUCGACGGAAAGCUCGUCUGCGGCGAGACAAAGGGGACUGUGAUUGGGUGCCCGUUUGGCCAGAUCUGCCUGCUUGCGCCGGGGGCUGAUAAGAAGUCUGCCAUGGGAAUCUGCCAGGCUCUCUGA